GCCGAUGGAGAAAUUGAAUUCAAAUCAAAUUCAAUUUCUGGAAUCGUAAGAUGCAUCUUGCCAAUGCGGUAACCGAUGGUCACGAUGAUUACGCGGACGGUUCAGCUUUCGUCCAUCAGCUUCAAACCAGCAGGAAAACAACGAGAAUGAAAGGAAAUGAUAGUUUCCAUGGUCUCGAUUGCUUGUCGCCGCGAUUGAUGCUCUCUAAGUUGCUCAGGCGGAGGAGGAAGCAGAGAGAAUUGGCUAAGGUUGAAGAUGUAAAAGUAGAAACGAUCAAGGAGGAAUUACAAGGAUCUAAGCUAGAAGAACUGGAUAGAGAUCAGAGUAAACACCAAAUCAGAUGUUUGCCUGAAGAAUCUAGAUCUAAUAAAGAUCUCGACUCCAUCGGAGUUGCAGGACAAUAUGGGAAGGAUACCUGUUUCAACAUGGCAGUAGGUCUAGGUUUUCUUCAUCUUCUAUCUAUAAGCAAGAAUGAACUCAACAAAAUGGUUGAAUUGCGAACUCAGAUGGAAUUGCUUUUUCAAAAUGUGAAAGACGAAUCUAGCCAGAAGAAGAACAGUAUUCUCACUAAACCGUCUGAAACAACAAACUGCAUUGUGGAUUCGGAAAAUUCUGUGUCAUAUGAUCGAUCGGUGGUGCUUGAGGCAGAACUUAAAGCUGAAAUGGAACUUAUGCAGCUCCAUUUGAAUAAUGAUGAUGAAGAGACAUCAUCAGAAUACCAAAAACAACAAUCAAUGGAGAUGACUUUUGGGGAUGCUUCUGAUCAUCAUCAAGAAGAGAGCAUAGUGAAUGUGAACUUUGGAGGAGGAGUUGUUGAUCAUGCAGAAGAAGUAAGCUUUGCUGUUUGUCCAAUGGAGCUUGAGAGAAGGUUGUAUGGGCUAUUGGAGAUUAGACAAAAAGAAAGAAUACAUCAUUUGGAAGCUGCUUUAGAGUCUGCCAAGCUAAAGAUUUCCGAAAGAGAAAAGGAGAUUUAUCGUUGGAAAUAUGCUGCCCGUUAUGUUUCUCGUCGUGUCCCCAAUUCCCAAAGCUUGUCUAGGUGAUAAUCUUACCCAUUGUCAUCCCUAAUUCUAAUGUUUUUUGGGAGAGAUUCGAAAGUUUGAGAAUCACUUCAAAUUUACUUUUAAAUCAACUUUUGUGGUGUAAGUUGAAAUUUAAUGCCAGAGUUUUUGUUUUGAGUUUA